AUGACGUCCACCUAUCCAAACAACCCAGGCUUCUCUGUCGGUGCUCUCGCUCCAUCACCUCACUCGCAUCUUCAAGCAUCCUCCUUCGUGCCCCCCUUUACCCCUGGCCAGCUUAUCUCAUCCUCCGCCACGGACAGCGCUGCAGGCGUCGGCGCCGGCAGCUUUCCUAGGUUGGGCGCCAGUCCUCCGUUUGGGCCCACCACUUCGCUAGCUGCUAAAGGUGCAGAUAGCAACAAGCUCGCCUCUGCUGUGACCCCAUUCCCAUACGGGCCUUCGCAACGCAACCAUCCACCACAAGCCCUCUCGUCGCUACCACAACAACAACAACAGCAGCAGCAGUCAAACCUUUAUCGCGUGCCGACGAACUCGUCUGUUGCCUCCAAUACCUCUUCGACUGGAGAUAGGCUUGUCGCUCCGACCUCUCCCGUCUCGCCUCUUUCACCAUCUUCGGCUGCUCCAGGGCCGGGGCAUUCGCCACCACUCUCGCGGAAUACCACCCUACGAAAGCUUAGAGAGCAGCAAGGAGGGCGCAUUUCACCUUACCCACCCGCUCCAGCUGCCCCGAAUUCGCCUGGCGGACGGCCUGUGGCCUCAUUCGGACAGGAUCAGUCAGCGCAAGCACAGAACUCCGCUGUGCAAGUGCAGAGAGGCGGCUCGCACAACUCUUCGCGCUCAUACGGAAGCCUUGCCCGCAGCGGAACUUCGUCGUCUGCCGGUGAUCAUUCUCAGUCCUCUCAGCCGCGCUCGCCGGCGACUGGCACCUUUCGUGUAACCAACAUGACCGAGCCUAUGCCAACAGCAGGUCCCGGCCCAUCCGGGCCGUUUGCCCCAGACGGGAAUGCGCUCGGACGCAAUGUAUCCUCCUCCAGCGACGCGGUCAGGCUAAACGCCCCGAAUACUCAGCGAAGAAGGCCCAGGCCGGACACAGAGGAAAUCAAGAGGACUGGCAGGCUUCAUUAUGAAGAGCUUCUUCGAUUCUUGCGAAGUCAUCUCGCCAAAGCCGAACUGGGCGGCCCUCGGUCAAAUGCGCGCGACAAACUGACCCGUCUUUCAAAGCAGCAAUUCGCGGAGCUUUCUACAGACGUGUACGAUGAGUUGAUGCGACGGCAAGCGAAUGCGCGUAAUCCAAAUGCGGAUCCAGCCACGCACCAACCACAUCUGGCAGUGAGGGAUGAGUUCCAUCCGAAGCGCAACCAAGCAAGGCAAAAGCUAGCGACGCUUCCAAAGACUCGGUUCAAAGACCUCGGCAGCGAUGUCUUCUUUGAGCUGGAGCGACGCUUCCCAGAGCUCAAGGAAGAGUUCAGGCCCGAGGCUGUUGUGCGAGAUCAACAACGUGCAGAAGCAGAGCGGGAAAGAGCCGCACAGCAGCAGGCGCAGGCUCAAGCAGCCGCCGCUGCAGCAGCGGCACAAGCACAGGGCAGCGGGAGCUCUUCGAACGUUGUCAAGGCGCAACCCACGCUCAGCAAACAAGAAGAGAUCAUCCCUGCCAAGUCGACGAUGGUCGAAGAAAAGAUUGCCGUUCCCUAUGCAAACGAGAAAUCCGCAGAUGUCAAGUCGAUCGGGGCGGGACUGGGUCGCUCGGGCUCCCAGGACAGCGCUCCACGCGCAUCGUUUGUGGACGAUGGUGAUGCAGCAAGCCUGAGAGAUUCGCUUGACUCUGCUACAGGGAUCAAUGGCAAAAUCGGAGGGUUGAGCGGGCUUGGAGCCCUCACGCGAAAAAUUUCAAAGGAUCCGGCUGACGAGAGAGGGAACCGGAUGAGCACCACCAGCUCGGUUGGUACCGGCUUCUUGAACGGCUAUGCGGCAAGCACUGUCGCCAGCGGAGCUAGCCCCGUGGUGAAUCGCGGAGGUCAAUUCGAGGGACCCCCAUCUUCACUCGGCGUAGACAGGCUGCGAUCAGACUACGAAUUUCGGAUAGCCACAUUGCAGCAGCGCAUCACUACGCUAGAAUCACAGAACUCUGAGCUUAGAGAAUCUCUGGACGAUGCCAAGGCCAACGCGAGGGCGAAGGACUCCAUCAUCGGAGAAUUGCGAGAGUCACAUGCCCGCUCAGCGAAGGAGCUUCGUGAUGAAAAUGACGAGCGAUAUCAAGCAAAGAAUCGCGAAUUGGAGGACACGCUCGAGCUGCUCGACAAAUUACGAGAAGAGCAUACCAAUUUGCAGCGCCAGCCAGCGGAGCGAAGGAAUGCGGAUGACCCGCAAAUCGAGCAGCUGCGGCAAGAGCGCGAUGCUCUGCAGCAAGAGUACGCGCAACAGGAGGAAAUGGUUCAGGAACUUCAAGGGCAAGUAGGUUCUUUAAUGGAGGAGCUUAAGGAGCUGUCCACUCGCAACGACGAAAUGAUGGCCGAAAACGAUUCGAGCAAUGUGGUGAUCCGUGACUUGAACCAGCAAGUUCAAUCAUACAAACGCAAAUACGAGAACGCCAAGACAGAGCUGCGGACGCUGAAAGCGACGUCACAGUUGUACGUCAAGCCUCCCAAGGCUGAUGACUUUAUCCCUGCCUCGGACAAGGGGGCCAUCGCAGAUGUGCACCUUACAGCUUUCCAAAGCUCGAUUGACGAGCUUCUCGCUGCUGCGCGGUCAAAGACUCCGUCCAACGUCUUACUGGCGAUGAAGUCGGUGGUCCUCGCGACGACGCUCGUCACCGAUGAUGUCGCCAAGUCGGAGCAGAGUGGGCUUGCCGAGCUCUCGGAUGAUGACAACGAGCAGUUGCAGUCGCUCAAGUCAAAGGCAUCUGCAACGCUGAACAACCUCAUGACUGCCUGCCGAAAUCAUGCCUCCUCGCAUGGUAUGUCCCCCGUCAGCCUUCUUGACGCUGCUGCUAGCCACGUCUCGACAACCAUUGUCGACCUGGUCAAAUUGCUCAAGGUGCGCAAGGCCAGCAAGGUCGAGGCAGCGCAGCUGGAGGCAACAUUCACGCAGGACGGCACCAAGACGCUGCAAAACGGGCUGAAGCCUCUGCACACGGGUACUUCUGCACUCGCAUCUGCGCGAACAGGAAUGGAACCACCUUCGCCGAGUACCAGUGAACGGCGUGGGACGAUCGGGCGAGCCAAUGAAAAGUUUGGAUCUGGUGCUAUAGCUGAUGAUCGCUUCUCGCCGCGAACGCGCCAGCCAUCCACUUUUGGCCGAUACUCUCCCGUUGGAUACAGGGCCGAUGUCACACGAAAGGACAGCGUCGGUGAGGGCUCUUGGAAGAACGGGACCUCCAAGUCGCGAGCGAAUAGCGUUUCGUCCGCAUCGAGCACGCCUGGCAACGUUCCAGCUGUACCACCAAUAAACCCUGGCCUGCUAGGCACGAACGGCGCGCAUGGCGGGAGCGGGAGAACCACUCCUGACAAUGUCACCAUUGGUAGUGACAAGGGACGGCUGAGUAAUGCCUCACCCGGGUCUGCACUUAUAGCUGGUGACUCGGGGGAGGAGAAUUGGGCCGAGCUAAGAGGGUACAUCGAGACUCAGACCAAAGAAAUUUUCAACUCCAUCUCGGCCCUGCUAUCGGCCAUCCGGGAAGGCGCGCAGGGCGUCCAGCUGCGAGAAAACUUGACGCAGAUUGUCACAAUCGUGUCGUCCAUCGUCGCGAUCUCAAACGACAACUUGCCAGCAUCCACGCACAAGGAGGGCAUGCGCAUCCUUGCUAACUUGACGGAGAAUUGCGAUAAGCUCGGCGAGAUGCAAAGCUUGACAGUGUUUGACAAGACAACCAAGACGCACAUGGCGAGCGCAAGCUAUGGUGUCGCAAAGGGCCUCAAGGCUCUGGAAGGGCUCCUCAACGAUGCGGAAGACGACGAAGAUGUGGAAAACAUUCGAGCGUAA